UUUGCACUAACAUCGCUCGCAGCAGUGAAUGACACAAAACACAGUUGCAGGCGGAGUAUGCAAAGCUAACUCCCACGAAUUCUUCCUCGGCUUCUCCGCCAUUUCCCCACUUUUUAUACUACCAUCCGCUCACUCUCCUUUCCCAACGACCUCCGAUCCACCAUCGCGAUGGCAGCUUCCCUCUCGUUUUCCUCUUCUUUAUCCUCGGCCUCUCCGUCCCUCCGCCCAUCCGCAUUCUUUCUCAAGCCGCGAUCCUAUCGCCGGCCCAUUGUCCAGGCCAAGAUCCGGGAGAUCUUUAUGCCCGCCCUCAGUUCGACGAUGACCGAGGGAAAAAUCGUCAGCUGGGUUAAAUCGGAGGGCGACGUUCUAUCCAAGGGCGAAUCCGUCGUCGUCGUUGAAUCUGAUAAAGCCGAUAUGGACGUGGAAACGUUCUACGACGGAAUAUUGGCCGCCAUUGUUGUUAACGAAGGAGAGACGGCUCCAGUUGGCGCAGCAAUUGGAAUUUUGGCUGAGACUGAGGAGGAAAUUGCGGAAGCUAAGGCUAAAGCCUCGUCGCAAUCGGCACCUUCCGCAGCCGCACCUGCGCCUAAAGCAGAGGAGCCUGCUCCUGUCCCUACAAAGGUUGAGGCUCCAGCUCCAGCACCUGCUGCUGCUCCGGCAACGCCGGGGAAGAUGGUGGCAACACCUUAUGCGAAGAAAUUGGCGAAACAGCAUAAGGUCGAUCUUAAUAAGUUGGCGGGGACUGGUCCAUAUGGCAGGAUAACCCCCGAGGAUGUGGAGAAGGCAGCUGGAAUUUCGUCUGCCCCCAAACCAAGUGUGGCAGCCCCGGCAGCCCCAGCUCCCGCCGCUGCAGCGCCUGCGGCAUCUCCGCGGAAGGCUGCAACAACAUAUCCUGAAAUUCCUGGCUCAACUAUGGUACCUUUUACUACAAUGCAAGCUGCGGUAUCGAAGAACAUGAUGGAGAGUCUGACAGUCCCAACUUUCAGGGUCGGUUACCCAAUCACCACGGAUGCGCUUGAUGCUCUAUAUGAAAAGGUGAAACCAAAGGGUGUUACCAUGACUGCAUUGUUGGCAAAAGCUGCUGCUACGGCUUUGGUUCAGCAUCCUGUGGUGAACGCUACUUGUAAAGAUGGGAAAAGCUUUACAUACAAUAGCAGCAUAAACAUUGCUGUGGCAGUGGCAAUUAAUGGUGGAUUAAUCACCCCUGUUCUUCAAGAUGCUGACAAGUUGGACCUUUAUUUGUUAUCACAAAAAUGGAAGGAGUUGGUUGAGAAGGCUCGGGCAAAGCAACUUCAGCCCCAGGAAUACAAUUCAGGAACAUUCACAUUAUCUAAUUUGGGCAUGUUUGGAGUUGAUAGGUUUGACGCUAUCCUUCCUCCUGGACAGGGUGCUAUUAUGGCUGUGGGUGCAUCAAAGCCUUCUGUUACUGCUGACAAAGAUGGAUUCUUCAGUGUAAAAAACAAAAUGCUGGUGAAUGUUACAGCUGAUCACAGAAUCAUCUAUGGGGCUGACCUCGCUGCAUUCCUGCAAACCUUUACAAAGAUCAUUGAGAACCCUGAAAGCCUGACAAUGUAGAUGAAGAUAUUUGUUGGUAAGAAGUGCUGCAGGGCAGAACACCGAAACAUUCAGCCAGUUGAAGGUGCCUCUGUUGUUGUAUUAAGUUCUUUCCUUUUCCUGGAAAGAGAUUUAUAUAAGCAUAUUAACAAAUUUUGAAACAAAGGCAUCUGAGACUUGCCGAAAUUCCUAGCUGCAGUUUGAGUUAGUCUGUUUGGAAGAGGAUUUUUAGUUCUUUUUUCCCGUUUUGGCUUAUAUAACAAUUGAAUAAUUACUGCAAGUAAUUGAAUUGGUCUUGAUAUUCUUUUUACCUUA